AUGGCAACUCAAGGCGGACAGACUGCAGACAAGACUGCAGGACUCAACAUCGAAGUUAUCAACCAGGCCGAGGAUUUCACGAGCGCAUUUGAAAGCGCAGCCAAGUGCUUCGGGGAUCAAAUUCACGAUGCAGUGUGGACGGCCAUGAACCCCGGAUGGGACACAGCGGAAGGCAAGGCAGCGGGAGCAGCUCGACUAGUGGAUCGAUGGAAGUCUACGACUACGAACAAGGAUGGCAAUCCGAACACUGUGUUCCUCAAGGCAACAUUGCCGGACCCGCAACACCCUGACCGGCGCAUGCUGGUCGGGUUCGCUAUCUGGGCACAACUCUCAGUGGUGGAAGGAUACGGCGACAAGCCAUCCACCGACCUCAGCAAAAGCGUCGAUCUCGAGGCUCUUUAUCCUGGCGAUUCCACAGAGCAGCGGUUCCUGAGCCAGGCAUUUGGUUCUCUGCUCAGGCAGCGUGUGGAAACAGUCCAGUCAAAGGAAGGCGCGAACCCUCCAGCUACGUUUGUAUUGGAUCUGUGCGUCGUUGACCCUGCAUUCCAACGCAGAGGCAUCGCGCUCAAGUUGGUGCAGUGGGGAGUGGAAGAGGCCAAGAGACGGAAUGGGCUGGAGGCUACAACAGAGGCAUCAGCCAUGGGACGACAUGUGUAUGUGAAAUUGGGGUUCAAGCCCGUGGCAGACGUUGAGUAUAAAGUGGAUGAGGAUGUCCUCAAGGGUCGCACCUUGCCGCCAAACCUAUUUAUGCGAACUGGAGGAGGAGGAGCGUAG